AUGACCUUCACUCCCAACCCGCACUUUGACCGCGACUCCUCCAACCCAAAGGACUGGGCCUACCAGCUCGGCAUGCUCCCAUCGAGCGCCGCCAUCGUCUUUACCAAGGCAGACUUCAUCAACUUCCUCAAGCAGCACAACGUCCACGUCGGCCCCAACUUUACCGAACUCGCAAAGCUCCCAAAGUACGCUCGCAUCGGUAAGCUGACCGACGAGGCCGCACCCAGUCAGCCCGCCGCCGCCCAGCCCGCCUCGCAGCAGGCCACCAGCAUCAGCGCAAGGUCUGCGCCCGCGACCGCAUCCGCACCUGCACCUUCCGACGACGGCGAGGCCGCAUCCAGGUCCUCGGCCAACGUCGUCUACACCAGCUCUGGCGAAGUCUUCCGCCCCACGCGCAAGGUGCGCGAGCUGCCCGGCGGCGGCUCGGCCCAGAUCACGUCCCUCUUUGGCAACGCGGCGGCUGACGUCGACGAGAGGCCCAUCAAGCCCGCAUCCCGCCAGCCCCACUACGACGCCCGCGACGAGGCCGAAAACAUCCCGCCCGCUCCUGCGCCCGCCGUCACCACCAGGCCCAUCCAGUCGCAGGUGCUCAACGCCGUCGAGCCCGACACUGCCUCUGCAUCCGUCGGCAAGUACGAGGGCGUCCCCAACGACGCAAAGAGCCACAACGGCUUCAGGCCCACGCGGAGGGUCCGCGUCCCAGGCGGCACGGGAGGCGCAUCCAGUAUCUGCUUUGAUUAG